UGGAAGCGGACAGCCGAGCCUACGACGGGAUAGGGAUGAGAUAUUUGCCACACCAUCUCCACAUCCCUUUCCGAUCUCUCGCACGGCGAAUCGCCUCUCCUCCAAUCCCCUGCCGGCGCCCACGUGAACGCACCCGCCCGCAUUUGCGGCCCCAGCCUCCGCGCGCCACGUCCAUACGCCGGCCCGCUGAGUCACGCCGCCGGGGGGAAGAAACGCCGCACGCCGGUCCAUGGACCCGGCCCAGGGAGCCGGCGGGCGACGCGGUGUCCUCAUCCAUGGUGCAUGUAUAAAUAGGUUCCUCCCCCGUCGACUCUGCACGCCUUAUCACCACACAACCCCAUACACACACGGUUCCUCAGAUUACGACUACGAUCGAGGAAGAGGAAGAAGAUACAAUAUGGCCCUGGGAGACGACUCUCCGGCCUCCUACAUCCGCAUGGUUCACCAUCUGAUAGAGAAGUGCAUGACGUUCGGGAUGAGCAUGGAGGAGUGCAUGGAGGCGCUGUCCAAGCGCGCCGACGUUCAGCCGGUCGUCACCUCCACAGUAUGGAAAGAGCUGGAGAAGGAGAACAAGGAGUUCUUCGACAGAUACAACAAGCAGUUGAGAUCAGAAAAGGGAGGCCGAAGCAGCUGCAGCAGCAGCAGCGACAGCAGCUCCUAAUGAUCAACAGGAGAUGCGUGCUGCUUAGAUGUUAGCCAUUCUGCACUUAGUAGAACGAAUAAUUAGAAGAUCGAUGGGGCGGGAAGUCAGCUAACGCGACACGAUCUAUGUGUGCUGGUGCAUGUACAGGAAUCACAAGCCAUCUCGUACUGUUGCCAUAUUCUUCAGAUGUAAUUGUACUCAUCAUGUAUCCAUCUCCCACAGCUCUCGGUUCAGACUUUUCA